CGCUCCCGCGCUCUUCAGUUAAACAUGGCUGCUCUCAGCAAGUCUAUACCUCACAACUGCUAUGAGAUAGGACAUACAUGGAGCCCAUCAUGUACACUGUCAGCACUGCAAGUCACGGCCGGGGCGCUGGAGGUCUCUCUCAAAAUAUAUGCACCGUUAUAUCUCAUUGCAGCUAUCUUACGAAGAAGGAAAAAAGACUACUAUAAGAAGAGACUCAUUCCUGAAAUCCUGCAGUCUGCAUCAUUUCUUACUACAAAUGGAGGCCUGUACAUUGCCUUUUUCUGCAUACUUAGGAAGCUGCUGGGUCGUUUCUACUCCUGGUCAGCAGGCUUUGGAGCUGCACUACCGGCUUCAUACAUCGCUAUUCUGAUAGAGCGCAAAAGCAGAAGAGGACUUUUAACAAUAUAUAUGGCAAACCUGGCAACCGAGACAAUAUUUCGGAUGGCUGUCACACGAGGCAUCAUUAACCCUUUAAAACAUGGAGAGGUUCUCCUUUUCUGUAUUACUGCGUCACUUUACAUGUUUUUCUUCAGAUGUAAAGACGGACUUAAUGGUUUUGCUUUCUCAGCAUUGAAGUUUGUUGUAGGAAAAGAAGAGAUCCCCACACAUUCCAGUCUGUCUGAGCUGCCCAGUGCAUCUCGAUCAGAAAGGCCAGUUUUACCUCCAACAGACGCUGAACAGCAUUCGACAUGUGGAAGGAGCAUCGCUGCUCUGACUCGCAGGCUGCUGGACUUUCUAUGCAAACAUGGUCCCAGACAUAGGUGUUGCAAACACUACCAGGACAACUGUAUCUCCUAUUGCAUCAAAGGAUUCAUCCGCAUGUUUAGCGUGGGUUACCUCAUCCAGUGCUGUUUGAAGGUUCCAUCAACAUUUAGGCAUGUUUUCACCAAACCCUCUCGUCUUCUAUCACUACUCUACAAUAAGGAGAAUUUCCAACUGGGAGCCUUUCUCGGUUCAUUCGUCAGCAUUUACAAGGGAACUAGCUGUUUCCUUAGGUGGGUGCGUAACCUGGAUGAUGAGCUCCAUGCACUUAUAGCAGGCUUUCUCGCAGGCAUCUCCAUGUUCUUCUAUAAGAGCACCACCAUCUCCAUGUAUCUCUUUUCAAAGCUUGUGGAGACCAUGUACUUCAAAGGAAUCGAGGCAGGACACUUCCCCUACUUCCCUAAUUCUGACACAUUAAUCUAUGCCAUCUCAACGGCUAUCUGCUUCCAGGCUGCGGUGAUGGAAGUGCAGAAUCUGCGACCAUCAUACUGGAAGUUUCUCUUGAGAUUGACCAAGGGCAGGUUUGCACUGAUGAACAGAAAAGUGCUGGAUUUGUUUGGGACUGAGGCUUCUAGACACUUUAAAGGCUUCACUCCCAAACUGGACCCCAGAUACACGCUGUUUGUUCAAGAUGAAGACAUGCUGCUAAGUUAACAAGCUAUGAAGAUCACUGCAGUGACCACCCAGGCUGCCUCAUUCAACAAAUAAUGUGAAUAUAAUUGCACUGGUUGCUAGUAUAAAAUUCUGGCAUUGCCAGAAGGCAGUAUUAAAUCCUCCUAUCCAAUCGUAAUCCUUGGAGUUUAAUUGGAACAAUUUCCUACCACACUUAAACUGAUUGAAACGUUGCCAGAAUUAAGGCUUGUAGGUGUAAGACUUCUCAUCAUUCAGUCAUUACACGUGUAGUGCUGAGACCAUCAUUUUUAUUUUAGUUGUGACUAUGGAUACUUGACAUAAUGCCUUAAUUUCAGAUGUGAUUUUAAACUAGAUUGCUUAGAUAUGGAAGAAUGUGUAACACUAUUGUAACUCUAUCCAGUGGAACAAUCUGGCCUUUCAUUUGCUCAUCAUGAUGUAUGAGCAAAUGUCCAAAACAUGUGACAGAUACACAAGAAUUAGGCUUUCCUCUGUAGUGGAAUUAAUUAUUUUAUGUAAACUUACUGGCAUUUUCAGUACAUAAAACAUUACUUGAAAGCAUUCAAGAGGAGAAAAUCAACAUAACCUAAGUUUAAUCGUGCAUGCCCAAGAUCAGCACUAACUGAAUACAUGCUUUGGAUAAAAAGCAGGUUUGCAUCAUGAAACACACUGAAUAUGUGUAUAAUUAUAGAAACAUUAGGGUAGCACAGAUUUUCUUUAAUUUUAAUUAAUUUAGUGAUAUAUAUAUAAUAUCAAAAUAUUAUACUUGUAUGAACCUGUAAUUUAUGUAAAAUUGUUGCUGUUUCUAUAAGUAAAUAAUUUAUAUUAAAAUGUCUUCCACUGCA